UCUAGAAUGAGUCCUGGUGGAGCAACAUCAAUUUCUUUGGAACUGGAAAAUGCAUGUGACCUGCAUGGCUCUUGUUUGGCUUUAGCUGGAGGUCAGCAGAGUCAUUUCUGCAGAAAACCUGGCCAAGGCAAUUCUACUUACGAGCAGGACAGGGGCGCUGCUGUGGGACUGAGAUCUGCCGGGAGGACACGGACUCUGGGCUCUGCUGGCACCUACCUGGGCAUUGCUGCCAUCACAUGGGGCCUGGUGCUGUGGGUGCAGGUGGGAGCCUGGACGUACCACUACAGCGACCAAGGGGACUACACGUGGGAGCAGGCCAGGAACUACUGCCAGACCUUCUUCACCGACCUGGUGGCCAUCCAGAACCAGCAGGAGAUCCAGUACCUCAACAGGAGCCUGCCCUACCACCGGCACUACUACUGGAUCGGCAUCCGCAAGCUGGGCGGCGUCUGGACCUGGGUGGGCACGCGGAAGGCGCUGACCAAGGAGGCCGAGAACUGGGCCCAGGGCGAGCCCAACAACCGCCGCUCCAACCAGGACUGCGUGGAGAUCUACAUCCAGCGGCCGCAGCAGGCCGGCAAGUGGAACGACGAGCCCUGCAGCCGCAGGAAAAAGGCGCUCUGCUACCGGGCCUCCUGCCAGCCCUUCCCGUGCAGCCAGCGUGGCGAGUGCGUGGAGACCAUCGGCAGCUACCGCUGCCAGUGCCAGCCCGGCUUCCACGGCCCCGAGUGUGCAGAUGUGGUGCAGUGUGCCAGGCUGGAGCCCGAGGGAGUGCCCAUGAACUGCAGCCAUCCCUAUGGAGACUUCAGCUACAACUCCACCUGCGAGUUCAGCUGCCACGAGGGCUUUGAGCGGCAAGGGGUGGGCGUGCUGCGGUGCCUGCCUUCCCAGCAGUGGUCAGCAAGCAUCCCCACCUGCACAGCCAUCACCUGCCCAGUUCUCAGAGCUCCAGCCCAGGGAGAGCUGAACUGCUCCCACCUCCAUGGGGACUUCACCUUUGGCUCCACAUGUGCCUUCUCCUGCCAGAAGGGGUUUGCACUGGUGGGGCCAGAGAGCCGUGAGUGCACAGCCACGGGGACAUGGACAGGGGACACCCCUCGCUGUGAAGCCAUAGCCUGCCCAGUGCUCAGUGCUCCAGCCCAGGGAGAGAUGCACUGCUCCCACCUCCAUGGCAACUUCACCUUUGGCUCCACGUGUGCCUUCUCCUGCCGGAAGGGGUUUGCACUGGUGGGGCUGCAGAGCCAUGAGUGCACAGCCACGGGGAGCUGGACAGGGGACACCCCUCACUGUGAAGCCAUUGCCUGUCCAGUGCUCAGUGCUCCAGAAAAAGGAGAGAUGAACUGCUCCCACCUCCAUGGCAACUUCACCUUUGGCUCCACGUGUGCCUUCUCCUGCCAGAAGGGAUUUGUGCUGAUGGGGCAGGAGAGCUGUGAGUGCACAGCCAUGGGGACAUGGACAGGGGACACCCCUCGCUGUGAAGCCAAAGCCUGCCCGGUGCUCAGUGCUCCAGACAAAGGAGAGCUGAACUGCUCCCACCUCCAUGGCAACUUCACCUUUGGCUCCACAUGUGCCUUCUCCUGCCAGAAGGGAUUUGUGCUGGUGGGGCAGGAGAGCUGUGAGUGCACAGCCACGGGGAGCUGGACUGGGGACACCCCUCACUGUGAAGCUGUUGCCUGCCCAGUGCUCAGAGCACCAGCCCAGGGAGAGCUGAACUGCUCCCACCUCCACGGAGACUUCACCUUUGGCUCCACAUGUGCCUUCUCCUGCCAGACAGGGUUUGUGCUGGUGGGGCCAGAGAGCCGUGAGUGCACAGCCACGGGGACAUGGACAGGGAAUGCAACAAGAUGUGCAGCCAUCACCUGCCCAGUGCUCAGAGCUCCAGCCCAGGGAGAGAUGCACUGCUCCCACCUCCAUGGCAACUUCACCUUUGGCUCCACGUGUGCCUUCUCCUGCCAGAAGGGGUUUGUGCUGAUGGGGCUGCAGAGCCAUGAGUGCACAGCCACGGGGACAUGGACAGGGGACACCCCUCACUGUGAAGCCAUCACCUGCCCAGUGCUCAGAGCUCCAGCCCAGGGAGAGCUGAACUGCUCCCACCUCCAUGGGGACUUCACCUUUGGCUCCACGUGUGCCUUCUCCUGCCAGAAGGGAUUUGUGCUGAUGGGGCCAGACAGUCUCAAGUGCAGAGCCACGGGAACAUGGACAGGGGAUGCUCCUCACUGUGAAGCCAUCAAAUGCUCAGCACUGACCACCCCCAAGAUGGGCCAGGCUGCCUGCUCCCACCUCCAUGGGGACUUCACCUUUGGCUCCACGUGUGCCUUCUCCUGCCAGAAGGGGUUUGUGCUGAUGGGGCCAGAGAGCCGUGAGUGCACAGCCACGGGGACAUGGACUGGGGACACCCCACACUGCAAAGCCAUCAGCUGCCCAGAGCUGUCCCCCCCCAGCAGAGGCCAGCUGAGCUGCUCCCACCUGCACGGGAACUUCACCUACAACUCCACGUGCAGCUUUUCCUGCGAGCAGGGCUUUGUCCGGGUGGGAGCAGAGCUGCUCCGCUGCCAGCCCACGGGCAACUGGAGCAGGGAUGCCCCUGUGUGUGCAGAGGAUGGUGCCUUCCUAAAGCAAGUCCUGGCUUACAGCAGCGGCUCAGCCCUGGCAGUAGCUGGUGUUGUGCUCUCUGGGGGGCUCAUUGCCCUCCUUGUCAAGAGGCUCAGUGACAGAGAGGAGAAGAGGAAGCUCCUGAAACCCACCAGUGACCUGGGAGCGCCGGGCACCUUCACCAACACAGCAUACGAUGGCAACCUGUGAGCCUGCCCGAGACUGAGACCCACCAUGUCCCCAUGGCAGGAGCUGCUGCUGGAGCACAGCGGGGCUCCAUGCCCGUGGCUGUAGGGACUGGCACAGCCCCUGGACACUGCCACCACAUUCCCCUGGGAAGGGGAGCAGCUGGAGACCCACCAGGGGCCAAGAACCACAUGCCUGCCACCCAGCCCUUGGACAUUGUCCCACUGGGAAUUUGGACAUUCCCUGGUGGCUGCUCCACUCACGCUUCCAACUAUGAGCUUGUGUCAGCAGGGUGUGAAUAAACACCUUUGUCUCAAGAA